CUUUCCCUCGCGCCUCAGUAGCGCUCUCUGAACCGGGUCUUUCCCCCGAGCCUCGGCUGCGCUUCCCCCGCCCGGCAAGGCACAGCGGGCCGGCCGCCAGGAUGCAGGCCCCGAACAAGGAGCACCUGUACAAGCUUCUGGUGAUCGGAGACCUGGGCGUGGGCAAGACCAGCAUCAUCAAGCGCUACGUGCAUCAGAACUUCUCCUCGCACUACCGGGCCACCAUCGGCGUGGACUUCGCGCUCAAGGUGCUCCACUGGGACCCGGAGACCGUGGUGCGCCUGCAGCUCUGGGACAUCGCAGGUCAAGAAAGAUUUGGAAACAUGACAAGAGUCUAUUACCGAGAAGCUAUGGGUGCAUUUAUCGUCUUCGACGUCACCAGGCCAGCCACAUUUGAAGCAGUGGCAAAGUGGAAAAGUGAUUUGGACUCAAAGUUAACCCUCCCUAAUGGCAAACCAGUUUCAGCAGUUCUGUUGGCCAACAAAUGUGAUCAGGGGAAGGACAUGCUCGUGAACAAUGGCCUUAAGAUGGACCAGUUCUGCAAGGAGCAUGGUUUCGUGGGAUGGUUUGAAACAUCAGCAAAGGAAAAUAUAAACAUUGAUGAAGCCUCCAGAUGCCUGGUGAAACACAUACUGGCAAACGAGUGUGACCUCAUGGAGUCUAUUGAACCGGACAUCGUGAAGCCCCAUCUCACCUCAUCCAGGGUUGUCAACUGCUCCAGCUGUGCCAGAUCCUAGUGGCCUCCUUUCUUGAGAUUCCUACCACCAUGUUCCAUCAACCCUAGAAGAUGCUCCUGAAGUAUCAAUGCUGCCUGGAUCACAUCAUCAUGUUUCACUGGAAUCUAUAUAUUGGACAGCUGCUUCCCUUUAUUUCACACCAGCAUAGCUCCAAGGUCCUAGAUAUUUCACAAGCAUAGGUUUAUAACCCUGUGUUCCAUUCAACUCUUCCCCCGCCAACCUCUAAUCUCCCUAUCCAAGGAAAAGAAUGGUAGGAAGCAAUAUCCACAAGACUGAAAUAAGCCAGAAUGAUUAACAAAUGGAAAGAUAGUGAGGUAAUUUGUUUGGCUUUCAACAUCAAGAAGUCAAGAUAUGCUACUUCUUUGUCUCAUAACAAAGACCCCAUUUGGAACUCCAAAAGCUCUAUCUGAUAAGGGGCUGUGGGUUUGAGGAUGGUGAAUUUACAGAAGCAAGGAAUCUUAGUCAAUGUAACUUUUCUAUUAAAAAAAAAAAGGAAACAUGGGCAAUCCUAAUUUAUGGUACCAUCAGGUCACAUUUACUUAUGAGCAUGUUUGUAGACAACUAAGCCCACACCUAUUUAAUAAUAGAUGAGUCAUGCAUAGGAUAAUUACCUAAAAAGUAGUGUAAAAGUGCUAAUGUUAUCCAAACCUGUUGCUGUCGAGUCAAUUCCAACUCGUAGUGACCCUACAGGACAGAGUAGAGCUGCCCAGAGGGUUUCCAAGCAGCAACUGGUAGAUUCAAACUGCUGACCUUUUGGCUAGCAGCCCUGCUCUUGACCACUGCACCACCAGGGCUCCACUAAAGAAGGCACAAAUAAUUCUCCAGGUCAUUACUGGCCAAAAAUGUUGUAUAAUUUGCUGUCAUGUACAGCUGAAGGAAGAAUUAUUCACUCAGUGCCUACUGCAUUGCAUUUCAGAAAACGGACAUUGAAAAUAAUGUGGCAUAACGGAGAGAAGGCAAAAAAAUUAAGUCCAAAGCUGUGACUUCAAGUACUAGUUCUUGCAGGGCUUUUGGUCUCAUUGAACCUAUUUUCACAUCUGUAAUACAUAAACAGCUAAUACCUAUCUUACUGUCGUAGGCUGUUUUGAGAAAGACUCUAAACAAUAUACCAAAAGCCUAUUCCUGUCAAGAUGAUUCUGAUUCAUAGCAACCCUAUAAAACUAAACCAAACCCACUGCCUUUGAGUCGAUUUCGACUCAUAGCCACCCUCUAGGACAGAGUAGAACUGCCCCAUAGAGUAUCCAAGGAGUGCCUGGUGGAUUCAAACUGCUGGUUAGCAGCUGUAGCACUGAACCACUACACAACUAGGGUUUCCAGCAACCCUAUAGGAAAGAGUAAAACUGCCCCAUAGGGUUUCCAAAGCUCUGAUUUUUAAGCAAGCAGAUUGCCACAUCUUUCUCCCAUGGAGUGUUAGCGGGUUCAAACCUCCAACCUUUUGGUUAGCAACCAAGCACUGUUAACUAUUGAUUGUACCACCAGGGCUCCUAUAAAUAAUAUACUAACUUUCAAAAGCUAGUUAUUUUGUCAUUUAAUAUGACAAUUGGCACAUGAACAGUACCUCAUAAACUGGAUAAUGCCUUAUUUUUUGUUAUCUAAAUGGUCCUUAACGUAUUUUAAAUCUUUCCUUAACGCAGGAGAUUUGAUGAUCAGCAUUUGAGGCCAGAGUUUUGGGCAGAGACCAAGAGAAUUCAGCUGCCAGCUACAAAAGUACUACAUACAGCAAGUGCCAAAAAAACCCUACUCAUUUUUGAAUGAGAAAACAUCUCUGUCAAACCAAUUCUCAAGUUUUUAAAGUUCCUUCCCACAUGUUCCUAUGAAAAGGUCAUUCUUCAUGUUUCAUUUUAAAUGGGGCUGUCAAAUUGACAAGUGUCAACUGUUUUCCAGGCCUGGGAAAUUGAUCCAGAUAAACUGAAUUUGAGGAUGAGGAGUAAUUUUAGGGAAUUGAAUGGCUUGUGUCUUGAAGGCACAGACAGCACAGAGUGAAAUAAGGGUAAUUUAUAGACUGGAAGCACAGCCAACUCUGCAAUGGUAUAGGCAGCUCCCAGGCAAGCAUUGCAGAAUUGGAAUCAAUAUCUUCUGGGGACCAAAACUUGAAAUAUUUAACAAGCAGUCAUGUUACAACAGAUUAGGAAAUGCCAUUUUUACUCUUACUGCCCUUUACCCUAUAGCCGAAUUUUAAAAAGUAGGGGUAAAUUUUGUCCCAUUGUGCAUUGCACAUAGGGUUGCCAUGAGUCAGGGUCCAGCUCAAUGGCAGCUAACAACAGUGUUUAGUCAUAGCAGAUCACACCAUUUCUACCUCUGAGUAGAUACGGUCUAGGGAGUAAUUAAAGCUUUGAACUGAAUAUGUUCAGGUCCCUGCUCUGCAGGAGGAAGAGAUAUUAUUUUCCAUUAUCACAUCAGUAUCCUGUGGGACCUAAGAGAUUGAAAUGUUAGAGAAAAUAGGUCUGAGUUUCUUAGAACUGAAAUUAAAUUUUAAUAAAUGAAAAUGUCUAGAAAGUUACACAAUAGGACUGAGAUUUACCUAAGGAAUUUACCCUUCCAAAUAGAUACUGUUUUAAAGAACAAUUGGUAGCAAUUUCUGGAAGCAAAUCCUGUUUUGAGUUUACACUCCCCAAAUCUGAGACCCCAUGAUAAACUUACAUUCUAUUAAGGUGUUUGGAUGUUUACUAUCCAGAGAAAUAUACCCUACACAAUAUUAGCCACUCAAUUUCUGUGUACUCCUACCAGCCAAGAAGAUUUCACUGUGCUUAAAUUUCUAUAGCUUGCAUUAUGAAAAUCACAGAUUUAUUGAGCGUACAUUUUCAGAAACUAGCCAUAUCAACCUUGAAAAUUCCCUGAGUUAUAAGGAACCAAUUACUGAUUUUAUGCAGGGAUGCAACAUUGUCACCAUUGCUGUGGUGAGGAGGAGGGCAGGGCUGGGAGUAGGAGACAUGUCAGAAGGCUAUACCAGUGAGACUUAAGACAGACAUGUGAAAAGACAUUUAAUAGGUAUUCAGAAAUUAGAAUUAGUAGGAGGUCAUGACUAAUUGAAUGUGAGGGGUAAAGAAGAGGCAUGUCAAUGAUGAUAUCCAGGUUUCUGAUUUGGAAAAUGUGGUGAUGAGGGUGUUAUAAACUAAACUAACAAACAUUACGGGAUGGAAAUGAUCUUGCUUUGGGAGCAAGAAAAAGAUAUGUUCAUAUUUAUAUAUGUUGCCUUUGAUAACAGGACACCCAAAUGGAUAUGUGCAAGUGGGAAGUGAGAUAUAUACAUGGUUUAGAAGUUGUAGUAGGCAGCAUCCAUGAUGACCCCCAAUGACCCUCACCUCCUUUUAUUCAUGGCCUUAAGUAAUCCCCUCACCUUAGAUAACUUGCUUCUGACCAAGAGAAUAUGGGAACAUUGAAGAGAUGUCACUUCCAUAAUUAGGUCACAAAAGAUUGUGAAUUCCAUCUUGCUAGAAGACUCUAUUGCUUUCACAGAUUGCACACUUUGAUGAAGCGAUCUGUCUUGUUGGAGAGCUCCACAUGGCAAGGCACUGAGGGUGGCCUCUAGCCAAUUGCAAACGAGGAACUGAGGCUUUGGGUCCAAGAAUACACAAGGAACUAAAUGCUGUCAACAACCUCUAAAUGAUCCUUUCCCAAAUGAGCCUUCAGAUGAGACUGCAGACCCUUGGCUGACAUCUCAACUGCACAUUUGUGAGAAACCAUGAAACAGAGAAUUCAGUGAAAUCAUGUCUGGAUUCCUGACCCACAGAAACUGUGAAAUAUAAACUGCAUGUGUGUUGGUUUAAGCCGAUAAGUUUUGAGAUGCCACAAUAAAUAAUUGAUACAGGAGCUCUAGAGAGAGAGUUUAGAUUUGGGAUGUAUCAGUAUAUAGCUAGUAUAUACUGAGUGUGAACAAGCUCACAGAGUGAGAAUGUGUAGUGAUGGGGAAAAAAAGAGCAGUGGGAUAGAACUUAGAGGAAUACUAAAAUUUAAGGAAUGGGUGGAGGACCAAGAGCCUGGAAAGGCACUGAGAAGUAGUCAGCGCUCUGAAAGCAAGGUUGAGGAAGGAGUGACCACAUAUCAAAUGCUGAAAUAAGGACUGCAAGCAGACCCUUGAUUUUAGCAACAAGGAGAAUUUUGCUUACCUUCAUGGGAACAAUUUCAAAGAAGUGACCUGGGUGGAAGGCAGGUUUCAAUAGAGUGAGGAAAAAAUAUAAAAUGAAAAAAUGUAAGAAGCUACUGUGACAAUUCUCUGAAGAAGCUUAGUAGCUGUUGAGAGAAGGGAAGAGUAACAUGAUAUAUGCAGUAGAAUGACAAGUUAGUAGCUUUUUUAUGCUGGGAGAGAGACGAGCAUAUUUAUAGGAUGAGGCCUUCUUGGUCACGCACAUUUUUAUUACAUUUUCCUCUGAGCUGUUAUUUACAACACAUGCAACUUUAAAGGAAAUAAUUUGUAUAAUCACUCAUAAUCCUUCUAAUCUUUCGAAGGGGCUGACAUGUUCAUUUCCAUUUUACGUAACUUAAAACAUAGUUAUCAUUCUUUUCACUUACUAUAACAUAAACAUUUCUUAAUGUUGCCAUAUUGGUGACAUAGUUCUUUUUAAUCUGUAUAAUAUAUUGUCAAGCAUGUAUACUAUAAAUGAUUUAUUUACUUUUUUGUUGGACAUUUAGGUUGUUUCCAACUUUUUAUAACUGUAAGUGAUUCUGUGAUUAAUUGCUCAAAGUUUCUCCAAAACAAAAACAGAGAGACCCCCCAUAAGGGAUGUCUUCUGGAAGCUUGCCAAAGCCAGCGAUCUUCAUGCUAAAGGGCUCUGAGCAGAGUUCAGUACAAAUUCGUGCAAAAAUUGACGGGGCAUCUUCUCUUUUAGUUUCCCAAACUUCUGAAACCCAGCAGGUGGGUAGUUCAAAUAUACAGAAAAAAAGAUUACUGAGGGCCCGGGUUUUCUUCAAAUGUUCUGUGGACCAACUCUGGGUUGAUGUCUUUCUACUAACAUGCAUGAAAUACAGCAGGGAGGACCUCCAUCAUCUUUCUUUUAUUUAUUUGUUAGACUGGAAGGAAUGUUGCUGCUCUUAAUAACCUCCCUUGCUAUUGCUCUCCGAGUAACAUAAUCUACUCUUCCUGGAGGGCUGAGUGCACUGCCAGAAAGUGUCUUCCAUUUGAGUUUACAGCCACUGUUGUUUGCCAAAUUCUUCCUAAGAAUUGCUGUCACAUUUCUGUGAUAGCUUUGACUGCUUUUGCAAUGGUCAGGUGAAAUUCAACAAGUUUUAGACAGAGCACGUUAUCUUUCUCAUCCUCCCCUCCUGACUUAACCCUCCUCCAUGAGACCACCCUUCUUGGGCUUACCCUGACUUAAGAUGCUGAAUGCAUCUUAUGUCUUGGGGCUUAUUCAAGUAUUAUAGUUGCCUACAAAAGCACAAGGAAGAACAAAAGGGACCAGAACCUGAAAAAUCAACACACCAUGGGAGAAGGCACUUGGCAGGACAUCAUAAGGGAGGAAGUAUAUAGUAGGUAUUAAAAGCUGUGGUUCUAGAGACAAAGAGAUCUGAGUUCAAAUUCCAAGCAAAUGGGUAAGCUCUGUGAUAUAAGUCAAGUUACUUAACUGCUCUGAUUCCUCACCUGUAACGCAGGAACUUUGUAUGGAAUUAAGUGAGAUACUGUAUGUAAAGGGCUUACCACACCACCUGGCACAAAGUAAGACCUUGAUAAAUGGCAGUCAUUAUCAUUACCAAUAAAGACAUAACUAAUUGGGUGUAAAAAUCAGGUAUAGUUUUGCAGGAAGAGGUAUCCACUGGGUGAAGCUGCUGCAGUGGCAGUCAAGGUAAGCACGCAGCAGCAGCAUUCAAGGAGCAACAGAGUAACACAGUGGUGCUCUGUGGAUGGCAAGAGUACAGCGAUGGUGAAUCGGGGGUGCACAGAAUUAAGAAUCCCUGAAGCCAGGCCGUGGGCAUCAGGAGAAUCUCUCCAUUUGUAGAAGGGCCUUAGUUACCAGGUGAGGUGGGUGGUGCAAACGGUAAUGUGCUUACCUGCUAAUGAAAAGGUUGUAGGUUCCAGUCCAACCCAGAAACACCUCAGAAGAAAGGCCUGGUUGGUGAUACACUUCCAAGAAAUCAGCCGUUCAAUAACCUAUGGAACAGUUCUACUCUGACACCUGUGAGGCUGCCAUGAGUUGGAGCUGACUCCAUGACAACAGGUUUGUUUUUUCUAGUCUCUAGAAAUGGUGAUGGCAGAAGUACAGCUGGGUUCCAACCCCAGAGGAACUGAUACAAAAACCUGGGAACUGUGAGAGCGCUAAGGCUCAGGGAACAAAUGGGAAGCUCAGUUUCUGUACAAGAUCUUGAGGUUAAGGAGAGACUACAGGUUGGAUUGCAACUCUAAGCUGAGUUAUAUAACUGGUACACGUUCCCUGAGUCUCAUUUGUAAAGCAUUUUCAAUGUUUCCUCCCAUCCUAUAACUGCAAAAAAACAGUGAAAACACCUGCACUUUGUGGGAUAGCUGCUGGCGGAGAGAAAAACUAUACACACAAAAAUCCACUUGACUAAGCUUGGGCUUAAAAGUCUCCAUGAGCCUCCUGCAAUUUUAUGCAAAAUUUACGUUGACUAUGUGUAUUUUUCCUUCCAUCUUCAUAAGGUUUUCACUGGCUAAUGCUUUGCAGAAGUAGACUGCAGGGUCUUUCUUCCUAGUCUGUCUUAAUCUGGAAGCUCAGCUGAAACCUGUCCUCCAUGGGUGACCCUGCUGGUAUCUGAAUACCGGUAGCAUAGCUUCCAGCAUCACAGCAAUAUGCAAGCCCCUACAGUACGGCAAACUGAUAGGAAUACACGGAGUCAUUGCACCAAAAAGAAUUAGUCGAUAUUCAACCAUUUCAAGAGAUGGCAUAUGAUCAGGAACCGAUGGUACUCAAGGAACAAGUCCAAGCUGCUCUGAAGGCAUUGGUGAAAAACAAGGCUCCAGGAACUGAUGAAAUAUCAAUUGAGAUGUUUCAACAAACAGAUGCAGCACUGGAGGUGCUCACUCGUCUAUGCCAAGAAAUAUGGAAGACAGCUUCCUGGCCAACUGACUGGAAGAGAUCCAUAUUUAUGCCUAUUCCCAAGAAAGGUGAUCCAACCGAAUAUGGAAAUUAUAGAACAAUAUCAUUAAUAUCACGCGCAAGCAAAAUUUUGCUGAAGAUCAUUCAAAAAUGGCUGCAGCAGUAUAUCAACAGGGAACUGCGAGAAAUUCAGGCCAGUUUCAGAAGAGGACAUGGAACCAGGGAUAUCAUUGCUGAUGUCAGAUGGAUCCUGGCUGAAAGCAGAGAAUACCAGAAGGAUGUUUACCUGUGUUUUAUUGACUAUGCGAAGGCAUUCGACUGUGUAGAUCAUAACAAAUUAUGGAUAACAUUGCAAAGAAUGGGAAUUCCAGAACACUUAAUUGUGCCCAUGAGGAACGUUUACAUAGAUCAAGAGGCAGUUGUUAGGGCAGAACAAGGGGAUACUGAUUGGUCUAAAGUCAGGAAAGAUGUGCAUCAGAGUUGUAUUCUUUCACCAUACUUAUUCAAUCUGUAUGCUGAGCAAAUAAUACAAGAAGCUGGACUAUAUGAAGAAGAACAGGGCAUCAGGAUUGGAGGAAGAUUCAUUAACAACCUGCGUUAUGCAGAUGACAGAACCUUGCUUGCGGAAAGUGAAGAGGACUUGAAGCACUUACUAAUGAAGAUCAAAGACCACAGCCUUCAGUAUGGAUUGCACCUCAACAUAAAGAAAACAAAAAUCUCAUAACUGGACCAAUGACCAACGUCAUGAUAAACUGAGAAAGAUUGAAGUUGUCAAGGAUUUCAUUUUACUUGGAUCCACAAUCAACAGCCCUGGAAGCAGCAGUCAAGAAAUCAAAGGAUGCAUUGCAUUGGGUAAAUCUGCUGCAAAGGACCUCUUUAAAGUGUUGAAGAGCAAAGAUGUCACCUUGAAGACCAAGGUGCACCUGACCCAAGCCAUGGUAUUUUCAAUCGCAUCAUAUGCAUGUGAAAGCUGGACAAUGAAUAAGGAAGACCGAAGAAUUGACGCCUUUGAAUUGUGGUGUUGGCGAAGAAUAUUGACUAUACUAUGAACUGCCAAAAGACCGAACAAAUCUGUCUUAGAAGUACAGCCAGAAUGCUCCUUAGAGGCAAGGAUAGUGAGACUGCGUCUUACAUACUUUGGACAUGUUAUCAGGAGGGAUCAGUCCCUGGAGAAGGACAUCAUGCUUGGCAGAAUACAGGGUCAGUGGAAAAGAGGAAGACCCUCAAAGAGGUGGAUUGACACAGUGGCUGCAACAAUGAGCUCAAGCAUAACAAUUGUAAGGAUGGCUCAGGACUGGGCAUUGUUUCGCUCUGUUGUGCAUAGGGUCACUAUGAGUCGGAACCGACUGGACAGCACCUAACGACAAUAACAACAUGCGUAUUUUUCUGGGAAAAAUUCACAGUUUUCUUCAGUCUCAAAAGGAUCCAUGACCUAGCAUUGAUGAAGGACUAAUGCUUUAAACAAUUAUCUUUUUAUACCAAGGUAUCUACAGUCUCUAUCUUUAUCAAAUGUUUGGUGAGUUGAGAUGUAUUCAUCUUCUAUCUUCUCUGACAAAAUAUUCCCCACACAUGGGCCUCCAAUUAUCACUAUACCAUCUCUUUUUUUUGCCACCCUCCACCCCUUUUUUAAAGGAUUGUCACAAUUCCGGGUCUGCAUAUAAGCCCCCAUUCUUACUAUCAAGUAUGGCUAUGUAUGUAAUAAGUUUUAUGUAUUUUGAAAAAUCAUGUCAGCGGGUUCCUAUUGGGUGGAGGCCACUGCAGAAUAGGCUCAAUCUGCCAUCUUUAAACCUAGAGGGAAAUGUCCUUAUUUUCACUUGUUACUUCUAUCUUCCCACACUCACUUGGCCUUACAUACUUUUCGCAAUCCUCUUGAUUCCUCAGAGCUCAGCUCAAGUUCAAUAUCCUCUCUGAAACCUGUAUAACCUUAGUCCUCAGGUCCCUCUCCCUCCUACAAAGUCUAUAACAUUAAUUUGGCACUGGGAAAAAGAGUGUAAGGGAGUUAGCAUGUUGUAGAUGAGGCUCUCUCAAACUCGUCAUUAUUGAAAUUUUGGGUCGGGUUAUGUUUUGCUGUGGGAGACUGUCACGUGUAUUAUAGAAUGUUUAGUUUUAUCUCUGGCCUUGAACAACUAGACGCCAGUAGCAGUUCCCUACCUUCUCCCAGUGUGACAAACCAAAAUGUUUCUAGACAUUGGCAGAUGUCCCCUGGGGGCAAAACAAGCCCCAGUUGAGAACCAUUGUUGUGGUCAUUCCUAUGUAUUAGGUACUGUGCUAGACUCUGUAAAGACUUGAUUUCAUGGUCAGACCCUACUUUAUCUUCCUUUUGCUUUGGUUCCUUCAUUUAUUUUAAAUUUGUUGCAUACUGUAUCUUUAUCUUUAUAAAUCACUUUAAGCUCUUUUUAAAAAUAAGACAUUACAUAUACUCAUUUUCCCUUUUAAACCUUGCCACAGCCUUUGAAAAUAGGUAUUAAGAUUGCCUUUUAACAGAUAAAGACACUGAAGACUAGAGAUCUCUGUUCAGUAACAAGCCUAAGGUCCACUUAACAAUGAUGGAGCAAAGAUUCAAAACCAAACCUGUCUG